CCAUCGCGUUUUCUUUUCUCUUGUUAUUGUUGCUUUCCCCGCCGAUUUUUGUCACAGAGCUUUCAAUCAAUUCCAAAACCUGACUGAAAAAUGAGCACACCCAACAGUCCGUCAGGCAUAUUUGCCAUGGACGAGGACGAAUUGAGACCUCGAUCGCCGCUAGACGAAGGCGAGGCCCGUGAAGGGGGACCCGAGGCCCCGGGUGGCGGCGAGGCGGCUCCACCGCCCGAGAAGAAACGGCGAGUGAUUCGCAAUCCCAUGCCCAAGUUGAACCCGGAUCGGAUUUGUGGACCACGUGGGAUUGGCAUCUUGCCCAGUGUCAUGGCCGAUUUUCAGCCCAAGGGCAAAGGUCGAGAGUUCGAAGACUUAAACCUGGUCCUCAAAAAGUUGGAACAUUGGGCGCAUCGUUUGUAUCCCAAGUUACCUUUUGACGACGUGAGUGAUCGACUCACUGUCUUGGGUAAAAAGAUGGCCGUUAAAACUUACUUAAAGAAACUUCGAAUGGGAAUAGUAGAAGAGACCGUCCCAAAGGAUGAUGAUGGUGAUGAUAACAACCCUGGAAAUGACCUGGACGAGGCUCAAAGGUACGAAGAUGAUGAGAAUCCACAAGCAGGACCGUCAAUCCCCAACGAGAAUGACAUUUUUGAUAACGUUUUUCCAAGCAUUCAAUCCCAACCGUCUUUCAAUGUCCCCUCAAAGGAUGACGUCCCGGAUUCCGAUGAAGAACAAGAUCUUUUGGCCAGUGUGGGUCUAAUUUACGGUGAAGACCCUCAAAGUUCAAAUGUGGGACCUGACGCCAGAUCAACGAGUCCUGUUAUUCAAGAGAAGCAUUUGAUCAACCCAGUGAUGGAUGAAGGUGGGGAUGAUGCUCCAACUGGAUCCUCGCCAUCCCCUUCAAGCAUCAUGGCACGAAUAAAGAAGAUGAUGAGGACCACAUAUGGGUAGAUUGCGGUCACGUGGAUCACCCGUGGAUUUUCCGUGAUGCCCUUGACCAUGCAAAAGUAGACAAUAAGCCAAGCCAAGAGG